AUGGUGGAUUUUCCAGGAUAUAGUCUGUCUGGUGCAGUUGCCUCUUUCUUCUUCGUACUGCUCACCAUGAGGCAGCCAGAUAACUGGAGAGUGAUUGGUUCUACACAUCCAAUCCUGGCCAGGAUUGGGGAAGAUGCUCUACUAACCUGUCAGCUCCUCCCCAAGAGGACCACAAUGCACAUGAAGGUGAUAUGGUACCGCUCGGAGCCCAGCACACCUGUGUUUGUAUACUGGGAUGGAGCUGAUGUGACUGAGAUGCAGAUGGAGGAGUACAGAGGCCGGGUAGAGUUGAUAAAGGAUGGCAUUCAUGAGGGAAAUGUGACUCUGAAGAUAAACAACAUCCAACCAUCUGAUAAUGGGCAAUACUGGUGCCAUUUCCAAGAGAAUAACUAUUGUGGAGAAACAAGCUUGCUGGUUAAAGUAGCAGGUCUGGGAUCUGCCCCUUACAUCCAUGUGGAGGGACCUGUGGAAAGUGGAGUCCAGCUUGUGUGCACUGCAAAAGGCUGGUUCCCAGAGCCCCAGGUUUAUUGGGCAGAUAUCACAGGAGAGAAGUUGCUGGCUGUCUCUGAGCAUUCCAUCCAAGAUGAUAAUGGCCUGUUCUAUGUGGAAAUCACUCUUGUGGUCAGGAAUGAUUCUGUGGAGACCGUGUCCUGCUUCAUCCACAACCCCAUCCUCAAUGAAGAGAAGAGCUCAGUCAUCUCCAUUCCAGAGAAACACCAGAAUGAGCUAGCUUCCUUAGAAGUGAUUGGACCUCCCCAGCCCAUCCUUGUCAGAGUGGGAGAAGACAUACAAUUAACCUGUUACCUGUCCCCAAAGACUAAUGCACAGAGCAUGGAGGUGAGGUGGGUCCAAUCACACCGUUAUCCUGCUGUUUACGUGUAUGUGGAUGGGGGACAUGUGACUGAAGAGCAGAUGGAAGAAUAUAGAGGGAGGACAGUGUUGGUGAGUGAUGCCAUUGAUGAGGGGAUACUGACCCUGCAGAUACACAAUGCCACAACGUCAGAUAAUGGGCAGUACCGGUGCCUUUUUGAAAAAGAUGGUGUCUAUCAGGAGGCCAGUUUGGAUCUGAAGAUAGUAGGACUGGGUUCUUCCCCACUGAUCACUGUAAAGGAACAGAAGGAUGGAGAAAUAGAGCUGAUAUGCAGUUCAGAAGGGUGGUUCCCAGAGCCCCAUGUGCAAUGGAAGGACAUGGAAGGAAAGAUAAUACCAUCAUUUUCAGAGGUUCUGACUGAAGACAGCCACAGGCUGUUCCAUGUGGAGACAUCUCUAUUGGUCACAAACAGCUCUUUCGUCAACGUAACUUGUUCCAUUAGUAACCCCCUUCUUGAUGAGGAGAAAAUGGCUACUUUUUUUCUUUCAGAGCCCAUGAUGAAUUUUUCAUGGAAGAUGGUGCUUAUUUGGCUAUUACUUCUUGCUGCAAUUGUAGGCCUGGUCAAGAGGAGGAGCUGUAAAAAAGCAUGGUCAGACCUACAUGGUGCACUUCUGGAGAUACUUGAAGAUGGAAAGAAAUUUGAUUCUUCCAGGGACAGAAACAAGCUCUUUUAUGCUAAGUAGGUGAUCUGAGGCUGAGAAGAAGGGGUUGCCCACAUGAAUGUAGGUCAGAGAGCCAAACUGACUAUCUCUCUGGACUACAUUUAUUGUGGUGCCACUGGGCACCCAGUCAUCAUCCCACCAAAUGCCACUCUCCUUUUUGACAUGGAGCUUCUGAAACUGGAGUGA